AUGCCCGAGUAUCGCACCGGGCAGGGCCGUCAUAUGGCGGCACGUCUAUUUGAUCGCAUCCAAUACGUGGAACGGCUCACCGGCAUUAGCAUGGAGGAGGAGACGCGGCAGCUACAAACCACUUGUGGCAUCUUGAAUGAUCUGAACACUCGCCUCUGCGAAGCUAUUGACCUCUGGAGCCAAAUGUCAUUUGAUGACGGCAGCUGCGAGGAGCUAACUCAAACUCAAGCUUCUGCAGCGCAAUCGCCGAGUCCGAACCCACCCGCCGAAGAGCUUAAAGAACUCCCCAGACAGCCAAAAUGCCAACACUCCACUCCACCCAGCCUCGGCGAUCCUGCGGUAGGUACCCAGAGCCGCUACCAAACGCAGUGGAAGAACUGGAUCAAAGCGCCAGCGAUACAAGACCCCGCCAGUUUGAUCCUGUCCCGACCGACGCGGUGGUGGAUGGAAGAGCGGAGCCAUUAUGCCCUGUGCCAACCUUCCGAGCAAGCCCAGCUCGAGAGCUCUGCGGACGCGGUCCGACUCCACCGGGCUUAUAAUCACGCCACACUGCCUGUGGUCGCACUACCUGCGCCGGCGCAGUAUUACCAGUCGUCUGGUCGAGAGAAGAACCUCCGACCCGGGAAUAUCUGGACCGACCCUCCCCGCCGCCCCAUGCCUGACGACGAGCCAGUGUCGCCCCGGGCAGUUCCAGCGAGCUGGAGCGGAUGUUUUCGGCCUAGGGACACAUGUCCAUUCCCGUACUCUCCCGAAAUGAACAGGGAAUACUUUCGAUGCUCAAAGGUGAGUAAUAUUGUCUAA